AUGAGCGCGAGCAGGCUACGGCGACAUCUGCAGUGCAGCGUCGCGCGUGGGGGGGAACUCGCCUCGACCUUGACCCACCCCCUUCGCCUCUCGUCGCCGGUGCGCCAUCCACCUCGCGACCAUCCGGUUCGAAGCAGGGGCCUCCCUUGGGUCGGCUCGAGCCCCGGCGCCCGGUCGCUCCCCGCCCAACGGGCCGCUGCCCCCCCCCCCCGACCUGCCGCCGCAGCCGAGUCCAUGGCGCGCUCCGCCCGCGCCCGCGCCGCGCUGCUGCUCGCCGCCGGCGCGGCCGCCCUCGGCCUGGCCUCCCGGGCCUUCUGCGGUGCCCCGGCCGCGGCCCCAGCGCGCGGGGGGCUGGCGGGGCGCCAGGGCUGGCGCCUGGAUCUGAUCGAGGUGGGGCCGAAGGGCAUCGGCCAGCUCGUGAUCCACGAGGGCUACUACGUCGGGGAGAAGGCCAUGUUCGAGAUCCUGGCGAAGAACGGCUUCCGCUACCGCAUGCGCGCCACGACGGAGGAGAUGAAGAAGGGCGUCGACGUCCCGCCCAUCUCCCAAAUCGGUCCGCUCAAGCUCAGGCUCUUCGAGUCGCUGGGUGGCUCCUGCCGCAAGCCGGGGCUGGUGCGGCCCGAGGGCUACAGGGGCUGCGCGGGCCUCGCGGCGUGGGACACCGACCUUCCGAAGGCGAACCCUGCCCUCAAGUGA